AUGCCAUCUCCCCUCGCAGACCCCGUCAAGCUCCCUUGUGGGCUUGUUCUGCCGAAUAGGCUAGGCAAGGCCGCAAUGGCUGAGAUGAUCGCCAAAACUAACCAGCCGACAAACGCCCUGGUUGAUGCAUAUGAGCAAUGGUCGGACGGUGGAUGGGGGAUGAUUCUUACAGGAAACGUGCAAGUCGACGUGAACCACAUGGGCAGUCCCUUCGACCCUGCUCUACACAGCGAAUAUAAGGACAGCGAAACCAACAGCUCCCUCGUCGCGCAAUGGAAGAAAUAUGCCGACACCUGCCAAAAGCACGGCACGCCGGCCAUAGUCCAGAUCUGCCACCCAGGCCGGCAGUCCUUCCGCCUUGCAGGUCAUCGCGGAAUAUUCGCGCAGACGCUCGCGCCCAGCGCCGUGCCCAUGAAGGUUGGAGAUAGCUAUUUUGAGAAGCUGAUUGGGUGUUUGGUCUGGACCCAGCCCAAGGAGAUGACAACUCAGGAUAUUGAAAGGGUUAUUCGUCAGUUUGUUGAUACCGCGAGACUUAUGGCGGAUGCUGGGUUUUCGGGUAUUGAGCUACAUGGUGCGCAUGGGUAUUUGAUUGAUCAAUUCCUCAACGGCAAGACAAACCUCCGCACAGACGCAUACGGCGGCACACCCGAAAAGCGCGCCCACUUUGUCCUAGAGAUCCUCUCUCAAACACGCAAAGUCGUACCCGCGACCUUCGCAAUCGGCAUCAAGCUAAACUCAGCCGACCACAGCUCCACAAUCUUCGAAGAAACAAUGACGCAAAUCGCACUUCUAGCCGAAGCCGGCAUCGACUUCAUGGAAAUCUCAGGCGGCAGCUACGAAGACCCAAAGAUGAUGGGCUACGGCAAAGCCAAUCCGGCAGCACCAGAAUCGUCACGCACCGCAGCGCGCGAAGCCUUCUUCCUCGAGUUCUCGAAGGAGGUGCGACAGCGCCAUCCUGAGCUUGUGCUUAUGUUGACCGGUGGGUUCCGCACGCGUGCUGGGGCAGAGGCUGCUAUUAAGGAUAAUGCUUGUGAUCUUGUUGGUAUUGGGCGGCCUGCAGCUAUUGAUCCGAAGUUCCCGCGUCUGUUGCUUGAUGAGAGUGUCGGCGACGACGAGGCGCGGAUGCCCUUGAAUAAGGCGCCUAUUCCGUGGUAUACACGUUUCUUGCCGUUGCCUCUUAUUGGGGCUGGGGCUGAGAGCACGUACUAUGCUGCGCAAAUUCAGAGAUUGGGUAAAGGGAUUGCUGCCAUUGCUCCUCCUUGGUAG